CACACACACACACGCACACACACACACCCUCUCUUCUCUUCUCUUUCCUUCUUCUUUCUUUCUCCUCUUCCUUCUUUCUCUCUUUACCUUUUCCCUUUCGGCUUUCUUUACUUGCACACACGCACACACACGCACGCACGCACGCACCACUACGCACUUUUGCGCUUUUGCUCCUUUUUUUUUCUUUUCUUUACUCUCUCUCUCUCUUUUUUUCCAAAAAUAUAAUUCUGUUGAGUUGCAAUGACCGAAGAUAAAUACAGAGCCAAGUACAAGGAACUGAAACGACGAGUGCAUGACAUUGAAGAUGAAAAUGAUCUUCUUCAUGUACGAAUUCACAAAGCUCGUAAGAGUAUCAAUCGUUUAAGAUUAGAACGAACUUUUCUGCUGGAAAGAAUGGAAAAGGUCCAUCACCAUUCUUCGUCUUCUCGAAUAGGCAACACGUCAACAGCUUUGGCCGACAGUGAUCAUUCAGAUAUAGGAUAUGAUGAGGACAUGUACCAUACAUCAAAUCAUGGCGGAAAGCGCGGACGAAUAGACAAAACGCUCAAGACGCCCAAAAAGAAAAAGGAUCCCAACGCACCCAAAGGCCCGGGCAACGUGUUCUUCUUAUAUUGUCGAUUGGAGCGAGACAAAAUCAAGGACGAAUUCCCGCAAGAGAACUUGGGUGAUGUGACAAAAUUGCUGGGUCAAAAGUGGAAGGGUUUGACAAAGGAUGAAAAGCAGAAAUACUAUGACAUGUAUAGAAAGGAAAUGGAAGAGUAUGAGGAGGCAAUGAAGACGUAUGUUGCUGGUGGUGGAUCAGCCAAUCCUACGACUGCCGCAGACGCAGAUGCGGACGCCGACGCGGACGUACAAGUCGAAGCAGACGCGGACGCAGGAGAGGAUGAGGAAGAGGAACAGCCUGUACCUGAUGAUGUGGUGGCAGCUGCUGCAGAUGAUGCCGCAGCGGCAGCAGCUGUCGGUUUUUCAACCAUGUCGUCGCCAACCCACUUAUCCUCGGCAGCUUCGCCUCCUGAACUCCACAGCGAUCCGAUCGUUCCGGACGACGGAUACAACGAUGGUGAUGUGACCAUGAAUGACAGAGACAAUGAGAAUGACGAUACUGCUGCACCCGCGGCUGGAUUGGCAACAACGGCUUCUCCGUCACAACAAGUCCCCACAUCCACAUUAACACAAAAAGAGGAACAUCGUGAAGAAGAUCAAGAACAAGGACAACGAGAAGACCAUCAUCCAUCCAAAGCAGAUCGCGUCCCAGUUUGGCGAUCAACAGACGAAACAAAGGCUUCCACGUAGACAUUUAUCGUUAUUCAGACACACUUAAUGCACAACAACAAACAAAACUUGAAUUGAACAUUUCUAUAAUGACUUCAUAUCUUAGUUGAUUCAUGAAAUAUGAAAUGAAAUUGCAAAAACAAAAAGUAUAAAAAG